UUUAAAACGAGCCAGUAUCGUUAAUCGACUAACAUUCCUCACUCCGACAGCGUGCAUGGAGUCGUAUGUGAACUCGAUUAGUGAGGAAGUCUUGCGCAGCGAGGAUAUCUCUACCUGGCCCCGCGCUACCGUCCAGCUCGCCCAGUCUAUACGCGAUGCGUUCAAGGUGCCUACAUGGUUGAAAUCAGAACUCCCCCCGUAUACGGACAAGCGGGCUUUCCAUCUACUUGACCAACUACGGGCGAUAGACGACGAGUCGAUGCGCCACUUGUGGGUGGACAUAGAUACGGUCGGCGACAAUUCGCGUCGACGACUCCAUUUCGCCUUUGCCACCGCCCUCUCCGACUGUGCCAGGAUUCAGGUUGCCGCCGAAAUGGAGGAAUCAUCAGAAACACCUGUGCCCAAGGAAUCUUUCGUCGUGAUCCUUGUGCGGAACGCCAUCUUGAAUGUCAUCUCAGGGCUCUCUUCACUCGAGGACGUCCUGGUGGCGCUUCCCCGUCAGCUUGGUGGGGAGCCAACUCCGGCACUGAAGUACAUGAGAAAGAAUCUCAACGCACCACUCGUCAUUUCAAUCUGCGAGAAAAUGCCUGUCGAGGAAGAAGAGAAAGACGGCAACGGACAGUCGGAGCAGGAGGAAUCUAGCGACGAAUGUUGGCCGGUCCAGAUUCCGCGGUCAGUGACGAUGUCCGAGUUCCUUGCAACGCCCACAACAGUCGAAGAGGUGGAGGAAGAGGUCGAAGAUGAUCCCGGAGUUCUCUCCCCACAGUUUGAGGCCCACUUCCUCGCAUAUCCUCCAUCUUCCCCUUUGCCAUCUACUUGUCACAUACCUGUGCUCUGCAUGGCCACCGAGAAGCAUCUUCCAGUGGUGAUGACUAGUUUACUCUAUCAGCGACGUGUAUGGCACAUCGAUGACCCAUUGAUUGGAAUAGUAUUCUCAAAAUAUGACGCGAUCAUCCGUCUGUACGUCGGAUGGCUAGAGGACGACUCUCAAGGCCGUGACCUCCCACGCGUGCAUCUCGGCAGCAUAGAGACGUCUGCCACCCUAGAUUUAUCAUCACCGCUCAUAUCUCUUGCCGUCUCGCGACUGCUCAUGAGUCUAGAAUCACCUAUAUGUGAUCUCCGUGACAGCGUUAGGAAUGUUGUGGGCACCAUUGCCGCCGAGACCCAAACCCACACGGCCCGUUCUUGGCGGGUCGAUUCGGACGCUCGGGAAGAAGACGCUGUUUUCCCUUCAAAGAUGCAGAACAUCCGAGAUAGGAUUAUAAAGUGGCAGGAGAGCCAGAAAUAUUCAGAGGACGUGCCACCACGGACCAGCAGUCCCGCUGCGGUUCGACCUGCGCGAGAAGGUCCAUCCAUCCCGGACAUCGUUAGGCUUGGUGAAGGCGAGGACACGACCAGCCCACCUGCCAGUGAAAUGUUUGACACCAUUCCAACUUUGCUUCAAGUUUCGCAAAUGUCAUGUUCUUGCUUUGCGGACACCUCGGAGGCCAAUGAUGACAGGAUGUUUAGUUGGCUAUUGGAUCGAAAAGUAUUGCCAAAGUCUCUCGCAUUUGAUCCGAAGUUCUUUCAUGAUGAAUACAUUGCAAUGACGGGCUUCAUUUGGCCGAUGACGUGGAACGUCAGAGACAAUCUACCGCCCGUUGAUGCUGCACUUGAGCCAUGCAUCCAAGAGUUGCUCGCUAGUGUUGCCAUUCUGAAGUCCCGAAACGCAGUGAAACUUUUCCAUCCGGAUGAAUUCCCAUUCGAUUUGCGAAUUCUUGAACAGUGUUUCUCUGCGAUCUUCCAAGCGCCCCGCCGUUCCCGCGAAAAGAAAGUUAUUGGCGAUGAGUAUGAAGUAUCGUGGCGUCAUGACCAUGAUCGUUUUCUGUUCGACUUCUUCAUACGUCUCGUUCAGGUCGAUGCUGGAACACUCUUGGGUGGCGACAAGCCCGUCGCACAUCUUGAAGAUUUACAAGUUCGCCCAACUCUUGAAACUACCCUCCGCUUUCCCAAGAGCGAUUUGCUGCAACGCGCCACAUGGGAAUUUGAAGUUUUGGUGUUUCGGCUACUUGAGUUUGAUCCUGACAUCACGAGAAGAUGGCUCGAUUCACGCGCCAGUGCUUCUGAUGCGAGCGCCGAAGCAGACAGAGAAACGGACAGUGCUUCGUACGUUUGUGGUCGGUUUUCGCAUUGGGUGACGCAGAGGAAGACGGAGAAAGAAUCAGAGACGAUCACAAGGCUUGGAAUGUCCCCGAAGGAUGGAAAAUGUGAUGCAUUGGGUUGUUUGCGGGUGAAGCUCUCAAACGCAACAGUUGAAGAUCUUGGUCAGUUCCCACUCGUCCAUCGCGCCCCGCCGACUGCCAGGGGCAGGGCCGACGAUGCGGCCAAGCCUUCGAGGCGGAACGAUGCCACCUGGGCUUCCACGCGCGGAGAUGUAACGAAGGUUUCUGGGCGCAACGACGGUGCUCCGAUUGAUCCCCUGCACAGGGACCCAAGCAUAGAAACAGCGUCGACGCCUGGCAGCUCUUUGAAACCUCCAGGUCCCUCCGACACUAAGGAAACACGAUACGCAUUUACCUCAGCACCAUUUUCUUCUACUCGACAGGCUGAUCGGGCUGUAAAUGACUCCAUGGACUCCAUGACUUCCCAGUUAGAGGGUUUACAAUUUGAGCCAGAUGCCACACUUUUAGACCUGCCUGUUGUUGUGGUGCAAUACAAGAAGAAAUCUGGUGAUCUGGCGAAAACAACGAAUCAGCUCAGGAUGUACCUCACCGCGUCAGUCAAGUUCUUGCAGACCGUUGGAGUCGCGAACUUCCCUGUAUAUGGGGUUAAGGCCGAUGGCCCUGUUGUGUCCUUACCUGCGGCAGUCCUACGAGAUGAUGACAAUAUCGUCCACCUCUUUGAACGGCUAGUUGAAAGGCUGGACAUUUCUACACCGUUGGGAGCGUGGCAAUACGCGACAGUCCUUUGUCGACUCGCGACAAUUCACGCUGGGCGCCUUGGGAGGGAGUUCGAAACGGUAAAGGAGGACUUGAUUACAUCAUUGCGCAACAAUGGGAAAGAUAUGGAAAAAUGGACGACCACUCACCAACUUACCACGCUCGCGGCAGAAAAUAAAGUGAAAUUCAUGCCAAAAACGAGUCAGAAAAAGGUGAAGUGAAGACUAUAGUGUAUUGCUCUAGGGAUACCUUGUCAGGUAUGUCUGUAUGGAUAUCAUACAAUAGCCCUCCGGUCGCUCCUGGAUGCAGGGCACUUUUACACGUCACAUUCACAUCGUUAUUGAAAUGCAGUUGCCAUGGUAGGGAAAUGUCUUUAUGGGAUUGUUUGUUCUAUGAGUGUGCUGUCUACGAAGGCAAAACAUAACUACUUGUUUUUGUUGGUUUUAUGUUGGGUGGUAGAUGUUGUAUCUAUUUAAAGGUAUGAGUUAGUGGUUUAUGG